AUCACCCCUUCAGAGACAUCACCCUCCGCCUCCUCCUCCUCUGCCUGACUGGUUGGCCACUUCGUUAAUCCAAUUCAGGAGAUCAUCUUGUCAACCUUUCCUGAGGUUACAUCAUCAAGACGGCAUUAUCCCAGAAAGCCAGCUCGGUGGCGGUGAAGAUGACCACGGCACGGUACCGUCCCACCUGGGAGCUGGCCGUGGACCCACUGGUCUCAUGUAAACUGUGCCUUGGAGAGUUCCCUCUGGAGCAGAUGACCACCAUCACACAGUGCCAAUGUGUCUUCUGUACACUGUGCCUGAAGCAGUAUGUGGAACUCCUGAUUAAAGAAGGCCUUGAAACUGCAAUUAGCUGCCCAGACUCUGCCUGUCCCAAAAGAGGACACUUACAGGAAAAUGAGAUUGAGUGCAUGGUGGCCACAGAGAUGAUGCAGAGAUACAAGAAGCUUCAGUUUGAAAGGGAGGUGCUGCUGGACCCAUGCCGGACGUGGUGCCCUUCCUCGACCUGCCAGGCUGUGUGCCAGUUAAAGGAAGCAGAUUCUCCAGCGCUGCCCCAGAUGGUCCAGUGCGCCGUCUGUGCCCUCGAGUUCUGCUCAGCCUGCAAGGCCAACUGGCACCCCGGGCAGGCCUGCCAGGAGAACAACCUGCCCAUUACCUCCUUCCUACCAGGAGAAAACAGCUCUUUCUAUAAGAACGAAGAGGAUGAUGCACCAAUCAAGCGCUGUCCUAAAUGUAAAGUUUACAUCGAGAGGGACGAGGGCUGUGCACAGAUGAUGUGCAAGAACUGCAAACAUGCCUUCUGCUGGUACUGUCUGGAGUCCCUGGAUGAUGACUUUCUCCUCAUCCACUAUGACAAAGGCCCCUGUCGAAACAAAUUGGGCCAUUCUAGGGCUUCUGUUAUCUGGCACAGAACACAGGUUGUGGGGAUCUUUGCUGGCUUCGGCCUGCUCCUGCUGGUUGCCUCCCCCUUCCUCCUCCUGGCCACUCCAAUCGUCCUCUGCUGCAAGUGCAAGUGCAGCAAAGGCGAUGACGACCCAUUGCCAACUUAAACACGCCAUCAGAGCUGGAGCGGAGAGCCGCUUCAAGGAUGGGGCAUCUUUUUUUCCUUUUCACCCCUUUCCGUUCUUUUCCUCCCACCAGCUUUGAGCACUUCAUUUUUUUGGGGCUGAGCCUGCACCAGCCCUGGCUGAUUCGGGAUCCAUCGCUCUGCAUGAGAGAGGCAUGGUAGAAAAGCGACCCUACACCUUGGCCUGAAGAGAGGUGCAGGGUCAAAGGUCGGAGGAGGUCAGACUUGUCUAAGGACCAAUGAGUCCAUGUGUGUGAGACGUUGGUGGUUUGGGGACGUGGAAGAAGUCUGGGCCACUUCAAGUGGUCCUCAGUCGUGGGUUACUGUGGUGUGGUAUUUCCUCUAAGCAAAUGCUUUUCUCUUGCAUGGACAAUAUCAUGCAGGAGCCACCUUAGAAAGAACUUUUACUUUAUUGCUCUGUUUUGUCAGUUUGUCGUACGCAACAAAAGCUUUUUCCCCGCCACCACACUCGAUGUAGCUCUGCAGAUUCAGUCAGUAGCAUUAGAGUUACGCCACGCAUGUCUGGUGUUCACUCGAUUUGCACACAGAACGUGAUUUCUAUGUCAUGUUCACGACUGAGGUAGAGACGGGAGGCUGUUGUCACUCUCAACUCAAUGUACAGCACGUCCUCUUGAUGAUGUCAAUGUUUUAUAACCUCUUGCUUUUAAUAGAACUGUGCUCAGAGUAGUGUCUAUGUGUUGUACUUUUGAGUGUUUUCCAACCUGUUAGGUACAUUUAUUAAAGGGGAUUUCCACUCAAAUCUAAUAAAUACACUUAAUUUCUGUGGUCAAGUGAAAAUGAAGACUAGCUAUAUUCAACUUUCAGCUUAUGUUUUAUACCCUAAUGUCCUUUUUUUCAUUAUUGUUACCAUUUCUCUAAUACAUUCUCUUUGGCAGACCUUUGGAGUCAUCUUUGAGUGAGAGAGAGAGAGAGAGAGAGAGAGAGAGAGAGAGAGAGAGAUUCGGAAGAUGUUACAGAUGUUUAUGAUCCAGAAAUUUCCCAAAUUGAGUGGUGCUCCCCUUUAAGUUCAACAUUAACGUGAAGUCUGUCAGAGGACUUUGUAUCCACAUGUUGUGGAACUAUUUUAAUACUUAACUAAAAGAGAUGUCACUCCUGUAAUUCUUAGUCCCCAGGUGGUGGCUUAGCCAAAUAGAAAUUAAUAGCCUUAAAUUGAGAAUAGCCAAAAUCAGGCAUUUCCCCCUGUGCAUUAAAGAGAGUUAAGUCAAAUUCAUUAAUCCCAUGGAAAGCAUGUUUAGCAGCAUUUUCAAGUAUUACAGACAGUCAGUGAAGCCCUUUAUAUUCAGAUGAUUCUAUGAUGUCAUCCAUAUGCCACACUGUUAAUAGCCAUACUGUAAAAAAAAAAACAAAAAAAACAAACAACUGUCCUAAACUGAUGUUUUGUGUGACCUAGGGCCUGUAUUUCCUAAGCCUUUUUGAGCAGGAGAGCUAAUCAACAUCCACCCAACCAUCAUCACAAACGAUCUGAAGCUUAACUCAGAUCAGAUCUCCCACUCUUUGAGACUUAAUACCUGCCGGCCCAAAUUGCAAACUUGCAUAUGUUAGUGGUCCAAGUGUCAAUGUUUUGUUUUGUUGGUAGUUAGACCUCCAACAACAAGCAGCUAUUCCUUGCAGGGAUGUCAGAAAAGCCUAUAGAGUAAAUAUAAAAGAAUGUUCCAUUUUCGGGCACAUAAUUAUGAAGCUGCUCUAUACUAUAUCACUUUAUCUAUGCAAGUUUGUACAUUAUCGUUCUUAAAAGGCUAUCGAUUGGUCAUAAUCAAGUGUAUGUCAUGGGUAGGUUCAUAUAGUGAAAGCUGCAGAAUGUCACCAUAUAUGUGCAUACAUAUCAUGGCUUUUAUUUAAUCAGGGAAUUAUUCAAAAACCAUCCAUUUUAUUUUCAGCAUCUAUGUUGCUGUUAUCUAUCUGUGUUUUAACUAUAUUUCAAGUUUGUGAGCUUGAAAAUCAGGACAAAAUUUGGCCAUUUUUCAUUUGAUAAUGUCUUGAUUUUUUUUGGGGGGGGGCAUCUCAAAUGUCUUUUAAUAGUUGAACGAAGUCGAAUCUUUUUUUCUUAUUUUCUGUUACCAUGCAUAGCCAUUCUAAUGUUUUGAAUAAGCUAUUUAGUACUGCUUACUUUCCCCUCCCUUCUGGUGUAAGUUACCAGUGUUGAUGUAGCAUUUCAUGAGAGGUGUGGCUACAGUUACCAAAACAGGCGAUUAAUAGUUAACAACAGUAGCUAAUCUGCAACUCACUCAUGUCCUCAUAAAUUUAGCUCCAAUAUCCAGUAUGAUAAUCCUUAUUAGUAGCCUUAAAUUUAGAGUAACUUACCUGUAGCUUGUGUUGCUUUCACUGACCUCAUCUACUGUAUGAGCAUGAUAAUUUGAUAUCAAAGCCAGUCCAAUUUCUACCUAUCGAAGUUUGGUGCUUGCCCCAAAAAUAGUUAAAUUCCACAAGCUUUUGUUGUUUUUAUGACAAUCGUGCCAAGCAGAUUUCCUGGAAGGGAUAAGGAAACAGAGCUGUCUAUUGUAUGUGCAUUUUGACUAUAUAUUUGUAAUGUAUCAACAGUUUUUACAGGGUGGAAAAUAUUUUAAUGCUUCUUUAUGUAAACGCUGCACUGUAUAUGGGUUUCAUUGUUUUACUACUUGAUAUGAUCUGUGAUGUGUGUGUGGUAUGGUGCCUGCUGUGUUUAAUGGAGGACUUUAGCACCUGAAAUCAAUGUCAAUUUAUUAGAAAAGUCAAUACAUACGAGAGAUUGCAACCGUACUUCUUAAGAGGUUUCACAACUUAAUGUAUCAGGACUGAUAUCACCAGGAUAAAGAUUAAUAUCAAAUAGUUCAAAAUCUUCAUUUAAACACAAAAUUAUCACCAUCAUCAAAGUCUUACUAAAGUAACUAAAGUCGAACAAAAUCAUGGCCACUUCCAUUUUUUACACAACAUUUUUCUUUAUCUAUGUUUGCUGGCACCACUGAACAGGUAGAUACUGUAUUAUGCAACAGAUAUAAAAGGGCCAAACAGCAAAUAUUACAAUCACUGCAGUGUCACAUUGCAUAAUCAUUUUCUACACUGGAGCCAGAAGAGGCUUUUCAGGGCUCGACAUAAAGGCCUAUAUAACCACUUAAGCAGAUGAAACAUCAGCACAGGUGUUGGUUAGGACAGUUUGACUGAGGGCUUGUCUCUAAGAUUUGGGAAGCAAGGUGAAGGUUAUUUUUACAAAGGCUCAAUAUCUACUUUGCAAGUAUCCGAAGAUCAAGUUUAGUUACAAGCAACAAUUUAUAUUUUAUAAUCUGUUGUGUCAAGAGAUGAAGCUGCAUGAUUUUUCUCUGACUUCUACAUGUUAAAUAUUACAAUAUUGUAGCCUCUAAAGAUCUUUGGAAUGGUAGCGUUGUCACUAUCACCCAGCUGACUUGUUUGGUUUUUUUUGAGUUUAUUUCUUUCCCUCCUUUUUUAAAGAAAUAUGUUUUGACGUUCAGCCAUAUGAUAUACAAUGUUGGUUGGCCUUCCUCAAUUCAGCAGGUUGGCUUUAAGUGUCUGUUACUUUUUUGGGUUUUUUUAUACGCCUGUGUUACGUCAUAGUUUGUUGUAUUUGCAUUUGUUUUAAGAGCAGACUUCUUCAGGCCUGAUUGGUCACCUCAGUAAGUGGAUUAUUGUCAGAGGAAAUGCUGUCUGUACACAAGAUGUCUGUAUUUGGAGAUGGUUAACAAUGUCUUUAGUCAGUAAUUGAAAGUACAUCGACCUGGGUGAUACAAAGAUAUCAACAUUGUAAAAUGGCAUAUUUGGAUCAAUUCUGCACAACGUAGACUCGGCAUCUCAGUAUAUCUACAGUUCCACUAACACUGUGACACCAGGUAUUAAAGGUUGUUGUUUUUUUGUGA